UAUAUAUGUAUCUCUUUAUAGAAAAAACCCUCCGCAUAGUUUUGUUGGGCAUUCCCAAUGUUUUUUGUGCAUGUCUCUUAAAGCGUUGAUGUGGAAAGAAGCAGCAGCGGUGGUGGUGGGGAAACGGCAGCUCUUCUAAAAAUACCGAGGGCAUGCAGGAGUGUGAGCAGGCUGGGGAGGAGGAGGAGGGUGUGAGAGUGCCUCGCACCAUGUUUUCUGGAUGCCAGCUGGGUGCAGUUUUGGAAAUGUCCCUCCUGUGAAUGGAGGCACCAUGAACAUUUGGGAAGUGAUCCUGGCUUUCUUGAUUGUGGUACUCAUCCUUGUCUCGUUGCUGUCCAAUGUGCUGGUGCUGAUCUGCUUUUUGUACAGCGCAGAUAUCCGCAAGCAAGUCCCGGGAUUGUUUAUCCUCAACUUGACCUUCUGCAACUUGUUGAUGACUGUUUUGAACAUGCCCCUGACCUUGGCUGGGAUCAUUUACAAGAAUUCGCCAGGAGGAGACCAGCUUUGCCAUAUUGCUGGUUUUCUGGAGACUUUUUUGACCACCAACUCCAUGCUGAGCAUGGCAGCUCUCAGCAUAGACCGGUGGAUAGCAGUGGUUUUUCCUCUGAACUAUCAUUCCAAGAUGCGCUACAAAGAUGCUGCUCUCAUACUGAGCUACACGUGGUUGCAUUCUGUGUCUUUCCCUAUAGUGGCAACUUCUCUUUCUUGGGUGGGGUUCCAUCACCUUUAUGCCUCUUGCACCUUGUACAACAAGAAACUGGAGGACAGAAAACAGUUUAUGAUUUUCACUGGGGUCUUUCAUACCUUCAGCUUCCUUCUCUCUCUUGUAAUCUUGUGUUUCACGUAUCUCAAAGUGCUGAAGGUGGCACGAUUUCAUUGUAAAAGGAUUGAUGUGAUAACUAUGCAGACCCUUGUACUGCUUGUGGACAUCCAUCCCAGUGUAAGAGAACGAUGUCUAGAAGAACAGAAGAGGAGGAGGCAAAGAGCAACUAAGAAGAUCAGUACAUUUAUUGGGACUUUUGUACUUUGUUUUGCACCGUAUGUAAUCACAAGACUGGUAGAACUGUCAUCAGUAGCCCCCAUCAAUGCACACUGGGGAGUCAUUUCCAAGUGUUUGGCUUAUAGCAAGGCUGUUUCAGAUCCUUUUGUGUACUCUUUGUUACGGCAUCAGUACAAGAAGACAUGGAAGGACAUCAUAAAUAAGGUGUUAAAAAGAAGCUCAAUAAAUUCAUCUGCACUCACAAGUGAAUCACAAAGUCGAAACAUUUUGCAAGUAAAUGAAUGAAGGUUGAACUUCUUAUUCAAUGUAGCUUAAUACUGGAACAGAAGUCGAAGAACCAUAGCUGUUGUCCUCAGGAACAUCAGCUUACAAUAUUUUGGAAAGCCUGCCUUUUAAAUCUUCAGCAACUUAGGUAAUGAAUUUCAUCGCAAAGUUGGUCUGCCUUUUAAUGCUGAUAAACAAUCGCCUCUACAAAACUCCCUACUAACUUCAUGAAAUCUGUAUAUUUUGAUCCACAAAGGCAAAAUCCUGUUUUUAUCCAGAGCUGAUUAGAUACGGAUAAUGUUAAAGGAUUGUGAUUAUAUAUGUUCACUCUCAGCCCACCCAAGAGAAAAACCCACUGAAAUAACGUUGAAUCUUGGUACUAAUUUUGAUGUGUGAGAGCAAUUGAUGCCUGCUCAUAUCUUACCCUAUAAACUAUAUGACCAAUUACAUAAUCACUCCUGAGUUUUUCUUAAAUCAUUUUUUCUUUGGCCACACCUAUUUAUACAUAAAUCUAUUAGAACAGAAUCUUAGUGUCCAUCCCACUAUCCCCACAUUUAUGAUGCUUUCUCUACAGAAAGAAUCUACUUUUAGUUAUGUUUUCAUUACUUAUGAUGCUGUUGCCCCUGAUAGAAUAAAGGAGCAAUUCCUUUCCCACAUCAAACACAACCCACAACUAGGACAGACCUACUCGAUUAUCUACACAGACCAAAUAAAACACUCUCACUUUGAACCCUCUGUGAGCAGUUCAGAUGGCAUAUGGCCAGUUACACAGCACAAGUGCUUUAACCAUCCUUUAAUCUGGUACAAAAAGAACUGCAGGUAUAUUUGAUGUGUGGGCCACUAGGCUGGGCUGGAUUUGGAGCAAUUCAGUUUCCACAUGUCAAAAAUACCCAACACUAACAGAAGCAUCUCCCCGACAGAGCCUUAUUAGCAAUGUCACAUCUGUUGAUGACACAGUUGGGUGCCAAGUUGUGACUUCAUGAGAAAUGAGGCUCUGGUGGGUAUUUGCUUUCGUACAAUGUGAUGGUGUUGGUGGUAACCACCAGGAAGAUAGGGCACUGGUACAAACUAUCUGGACUGCUUCCUCGGUAGUAUGUGCAAGCAUCCCAUGGUCUAUUCAAGGCAGCUACAGAGUAGACUACUCAGAUUAUUUCACAUGGUUUGGAUGCUGCCCUAGAUUACUUCAAAUAUUAAGCACACCGCUUCAGUAUUUUCAGCCUCCCCACCCAUAUGGGGUUUGGUCAUCCACCUAUUAGUGGUUGACCUCUACUGAAUUAAUCCACAGUCUGCAUGUGUGUGUUGGGAGAAAGGUUCUAGUCUUUUCAGAAGACCUUGCUGAUAUUCUUCAGCUGUUUGUUAUACUGCUAUGCCAAAUGAGCAGAAUGUUGUAUUUCAUUGUUUCGCCCAAAUUGUUUCCAUGUUGCAAUGAAUUUCUGACUGUGGAAAUACCUAAAGUGUUGUUGCAUUAAAGUAUAAGUGUUUAACGUC